CCGUGAGACCCCGCCCCCGCUGGAGAUGUCCGCCCCCCGGUCACGUGACGGGCGCCGGGCUCUCUGCCUCUCACGGAUCUGAGGUGGAGCUGAGCCGCCAUUUUCCCCCAGCAGCUCCCGUUCCCUGACACCCCGCGCCGCACGGCGGGCAGCUCGGGCUGACAGUGCGACUCUGUGCCCCGGGCCUCCAUGCUCAGGUGUGCGGCAGGCGGCUAGGUGACACCGGCUCGCCCCCUCCUCCUUUCUCCGUGUCAUACACCAGCCCGGAGUCGCCAUGUCCGGCCAGAGCAUCACGGACCGCAUCACGGCGGCGCAGCACAGUGUCACCGGCUCCGCCGUCUCCAAGAUCGUCUGCAAGGCCACCACCCACGAGAUCAUGGGCCCCAAGAAGAAGCACCUGGACUAUUUGAUCCAGUGCACGAAUGAGAUGAAUGUCAACAUCCCACAGCUGGCGGACACUUUAUUUGAGAGAACGACCAACAGUAGCUGGGUGGUGGUCUUCAAGUCUCUCAUUACAACUCAUCACCUGAUGGUAUACGGCAACGAGCGCUUUAUCCAGUAUCUGGCCUCACGGAAUACAUUGUUCAAUUUGAGCAAUUUCUUGGACAAAAGUGGGCUACAAGGUUAUGACAUGUCUACGUUUAUUAGACGGUAUAGCCGGUACCUGAAUGAAAAGGCUGUGUCCUACAGACAAGUUGCUUUUGACUUCACCAAAGUAAAACGAGGGGCUGACGGGGUGAUGAGAACAAUGAACACAGAGAAAUUACUAAAGACCAUGCCCAUCAUACAGAACCAAAUGGACGCCCUGCUCGAUUUCAAUGUAAAUGCCAACGAGCUGACAAAUGGCGUCAUUAAUGCUGCUUUCAUGCUGCUCUUCAAAGAUGCCAUCAGACUGUUUGCUGCGUACAACGAAGGGAUAAUUAAUCUUCUAGAAAAAUAUUUUGACAUGAAGAAGAAUCAGUGUAAAGAUGGGCUGGAUAUUUACAAGAAGUUCCUGACCAGAAUGACCCGAAUCUCUGAGUUUCUGAAAGUAGCGGAGCAAGUCGGGAUUGACAGGGGCGAUAUACCCGAUCUUUCCCAGGCCCCAAGCAGUCUACUCGAUGCUUUGGAACAGCAUUUAGCCUCCCUGGACGGGAAGAAAAUCAAAGAUUCUACGGCAGCAAGCAGGGCAACCACACUUUCCAAUGCAGUCUCAUCCCUCGCAAGCACAGGACUAUCUCUCACUAGAGUGGAUGAAAGAGAAAAGCAAGCGGCACUGGAGGAGGAGCAGGCACGGCUAAAAGCUUUAAAGGAACAGCGUCUUAAGGAGCUCGCCAAAAAGCCUCACAACGCCUCUACCACCGCCUCCUCCCCCGUGUCUUCGUCAGCAGGCAGCAUAAACACCACAGCUGCAAUUGACCUUUUUUCAACACCUGGUUCCUUAAACAGCAGUUCCAAGCUGCCAAAUGACUUGCUUGACAUGCAGCCAAGUUUCCAGCCAGCUGUUCAUCCGCUGAGCACUGUACCACAAGUAGCAAGUACAUGGGGAGAUCCCUUCUCUUCUGAAGCUGCCGAUGAGUCCAUCCAAAAUCUAAAUCCUUUCCUCAGUAACCCUUGCGAUGGUGCCCAUCUGCCUGUUAUAACUGCUGACACAGCCAGUUACACAGCUAAGACUCCUAACCGUGACAUGUUUAUUGAUCAUGCCAAUCCUUUCUCUGCACCUGUCGCAUCUCAUAUGUAUGGGCGUGGAGUAGAUCCGUCUAGCUCAGCAGAUUCUUUCUGUGGGCCCCAAGUCUAUCACAAUGCGUCUCAUUUCCACGCUGAACCCUCUACCGUAGCCGGCCUAUAUGGAGGGUUUACACCAUCGCUAGCUGUUCAACCACAGACCUCUGGUGGCCUUAAUGUUGACUUUGACUCUGUUUUUGGCAAUAGAUCCCCCACUAACUUAAAUGUUGACUCUACUGGUUUUGAAGAUAUGGGCGGACUCCUCAAGCCGACUGUAGCUUCUCAUAAUCAGAGUCUUCCUUUAUCCAACAUCCCGCCCAACAAGCUGGUGUCAGAUGACUUGGACUCCUCUCUGGCCAACCUUGUGGGCAAUCUGGGCAUUGGCAAUGGAACAGCAAAGAAUGAUGUUCAUUGGAGUCUGCCCGGGGAGAAGAAACUAACAGGAGGGACCAAUUGGCAGCCGAAAUCGGCCCCAACCACAACCUGGAACCCUGCCACUCUGAAUGGCAUGCAUUUCUCACCAUACCAGACCCCACCGAUAAUGGCAUAUCCAGCUACAACGCCCACAGGGAUCUCUGCGUUUGGAAUGCCUACUCAGAUGGGACCUGUACCAGUAAUACCACAGCAAGCAUUAAUCUACAACCAGCCUGUUAUGAGACCACCUAAUCCUUUCGGCCCUGUAUCAGGAGCACAGUUAUCUGCAGCCUCCAGCCCAUCCAGUCAGAGCCCUCACGGAGUGUCCGGGAAGGACCCUUAUCCGUCGCUCUCUUUACAGGAUUUCUUGUAGGACCAUUUAGAUGCAGUUCAUGUAACCCAGCUGGACGGUAGCUCCCUUAGAGAAGGCUACGUAACAAAUCCUUACUUCCAAUCCAAUUGAAGCUGCUGAUGAUAAGCUCUACACUUCCACGUGAAUGGUACUAGAUGGAGCGAUGAGGCCGCCAGCUGUAUGGAGCAUCCCCAUAGAAGACAAGUGUGAGGGGACAAUCAGGUCUCCCAUUCCUUAGAGUGGUGGGACUACAGUAGAUUUCGGAGCGUGUACUGUAUUUGGCUAUGCUGUGUGAAGUGAAUGGGGGUUACGCAAAUACAGUCUCCCUGGGCACUACGUGGGAAGAUGGAAAUCCGCAGACCAUCUCACGUUCCUUUCUCCAGAUCUUUUCACCCGUAGACCGCAAUCGAGGUUAUCACUUUCUAUUACCCCCGCCACAUUUUUAAAUAUAUAUAUUCAGUUUGCAGUAGACAUUCCUUAUAUGUAUUAUUUGUAUUUAUUUAUAAUUAUCAUUACAAUUAAUGUAUCACAACCUUAUGAAAUAUGUAUGGAUGUAUACAGGUUUUUACAUUUUUUAUUUUUUAUUUUGAAGAAGUGAUUCCAUACUACGGUCUAAAUAUUUUAAGUAAUGUCCGUAUACCGCUUAGGGGGAGGAGACGGGUAAUUCAGUAAGCCUGGGUCUUAUUGAGCUGCGUCUAAUGGACAAUAAGAUAUAAGUUCCGUGCUGCUUUUAUUCCUGAUAAUUCCGAUAGUGAGACGUGUGCCUAGGAUUCUGCAAAGGGGGGGCGGAGAAUGGGGGUAACUGAUUAGAGAUGAGCACUACAUUUUUCAAUCUGAAAGUUAAGAAGAAAUGUAUUGCUUCAGGCUUGGUAGAAUAUCAUUUUACAUUUGAAAUGUUAAUUUGCCUUUUAAAAGAAAAGAAAAAAAAACGAGAUAAAAAUUAAUGUGAGGAAUUGCUUUCAUUGUAUAAUUUCCUUUUUAAACCUGUGAGGUUUGGGGGGGGU